CAUACUAGAGAAGGAGCUGUUUCCAGAGACGUGUUGCACUUCACUCAUUUGUAUCUGCUCAGGGCUGAAUUUUAAGCCAAGGAUAUUCCAUUGCUCUCUGUAAUGAAGUCAUCAAACAAUUUAUGUCACUCACAUGCUUCACCAGGGCUCUCCUGUCUUUCAUGCUGAGAUCAAGACUGCAAYUAAACUGGUUGAACCCCAAGACGAGUUCUGAGAACCCACACAAGAAACGGCUCCUCCAGUCCACGUCCCAAAAGCUGUCAUCUGCCAGAAAUGGUUUCCAUCACAACYGAAAAUGUUACGCAGUUGUACAACAUGACCAUCCAGGAGCUCACAGUCAGCCCAGCAAAUUCCCACAAUAAYUCAGGAGUGGAUCAGAUAGAUCAAUAUGAAUGUGUUAGUGCAGAUGUAUGGAAAUGGCUGCAGGAUUUUCAGCCUGGAUUCCUAUGGUUUAUAUUUAUUCUGGGAUCAAUAGAAAAUUCCUUUGUGCUUACGGUCCUGUGUUUCCACAAGAGUAGCUGCACAGUGGCUGAAAUUUACUUAGCAAAUAUGGCAUUUGCUGACCUMAUGUUGGUCUGUACUUUACCUUUCUGGGCCAUUAAUAUUUCUAAUAAUUUUCAUUGGCCUUUUGGCCAGUUUCUCUGUAAAGCCAUCAACAUUAUGAGUUACAUGAACUUGUAUUCCAGCAUUUAUUUUCUGACACUGGUCAGYAUUGACCGCUACCUGGCCUUGGUGAAAACCAUGUCUCUCGGGCGGAUGAGACGAACCRUCUGUGCCAAAUGGAAUAGUUUUGUAAUCUGGACAUGUGCAUUGCUCAUGUGUUCACCUAUGAUGGUGUUCCGAAAUUUGCAAUAUUUUGAGGAGUACAACAUCACAGCCUGUGCUCUUAUUUACCCAGCCAGCUACUGGGAGCCCACAAACAACUGCUUGCUGAAUGUUGUGGGGUUUGUGAUCCCGUGCUGUGUAAUUACUUAUUGCACCGUGCAAAUCAUCAAAGCCUUACGAAGUAGUGAACUGCGGAAAAUGAAGGUGGUCCAGACAGAGAGGAGAGCCACCAUGCUGGUCCUUGCUGUGCUCUUGCUGUUCAUCAUUUGCUGGCUUCCGUUUCAGAUCAGCACGUUCAUCGACACAAUCCGUUACUUCUCACCCACUGUCGAAUGCCUGGAAGACAUCAAUGACUUAGUGACCCAGAUAGCCACAUACUGUUCCUUUAGCAACAGCUGCCUGAACCCAGUCCUCUAUGUAAUUGUUGGGAAAAACUUCCAGAAGAAGGCUGUGGAAUUCUACAAGGACUUGUUCACAAAGAGGUGCAGAAAAUUGCAGUCUGUGCAGAUGGAAAACUCCCUGGACACUUUAAGAACUUCCAUUUCAAGCGAAUACCCAAGGAAAAAGUCWGCUUUGUCAUUACCCCAAUAACAGAAUUUUAGGAAAUCCUUAGAGGAAGAAAGCCUUCUAGUAUAUCAGUCUCUGCUCAUAUCCAUCUGCUACUGGUCCACAAAGUAAAUAUGUGGAAGUGUUGGUUAUGUGUGGGAAAACAAUGGUUUGAUCUUAACAGCAAUUCCACAAAGAGACCUGUUUCUAAUGUUAUUGGGCGUUUUUCAUGACUGAAWCUUAUUUUGUAGCUUACUUACAUUUUCAUGGCUAAAUAAUGUUUAGCACAUAUAUAAUUUGGAACAUUUGCAUUUCUAAGCAUACAAUUCCCUGAACAGAGACCCAGUACAGAAGCUAUUGUCAGGCUUGUGCAGCUACUUAUGGUACCCAUAUAGAUUGUUAGAUAAGAUUUUUGACCUGGGAGAGGCUUGUAYUGGAGUAAAUUUAUUUAAGUGAAUCCUGUAGGAUGCAUUUUUAGACGUGUCCACAUUUUGGGCUUUUGAUUUCACUCUUCAGUCAUCUGAAACUAUAUGAUUUUUUCAUUGACAAGCAGUGCCUUUUUGCAACUGCUCCUGUUAGUUACAGAUUUACAAGUAUGGAAAGUAGAUGAAUAAAGGUCAAGCACUUGUGGAAGGGAAGUUGCACCCAGCUGCAUGAAGCUAGUUAAGUUUUCUUUGUAGAAGAAGAUUCUUGAUGCCUUCUACCUUGGAGUGAAAGCAUUCACUUACUCCUUUUGAGUGAAUGAAUGCUAUUUACAUUCAUGCUUUCACUUCAGCUCGGAGACUUGGGUUCCAGUAUUCACAAAACAUAGUUAAUAUUUUUAAUGUUAUUUAAUGGAUCUAUAAAAGCUCAGCAAAACUGGUAUAAUCUCACAAGUGGAAGAAAUUGAGAAUAUGAAGGAGCAUAUCACCUAACUAUARUAAAAAUCUAACUGAAGAUAAGAAUGGUCUUGAAAGUUCAGAGUAUUCAAGAAUAGCCUUUUCAGAUUCUAGUAAUACCUGCAUUUUAUUUGUAKAGGUAAUCUGUCAGAUUUUAAUAGAAGAUAGCUUUUCCCUGAUUGGACUGUAAUUUUGAUCUAAGAUGAUUAUACACAUAAGAAAAACUCACAGUGUACUGAAUUGUCUGUGUGCACUUUAACCUCYAGGGACUUUGAUAAAAACUGAGUGAAAGUGGAUCUAAUAUAUGCUGAAAUUAAUUAAAUCCUUGCUUAUUUCAAAGCACUUAAGGUUACCGCUUUUAAAGCCAAGUGAAAUGGAGUUUGGUGGCUGAGGUAAACUCAGACUGCAGCAACAUGAUCUUUACUCACCAGAGCUUGGAUGGAGCAAUAAAGUUCAUUUAAGAUGGGAAAUUUGUAUURAACCUUCAAGCAACUAAACCACUAAACAGAAGUGCCAGACGUGAUUUGAAGACUGGGAUUUAGACCGGUGUAUAUGAUUUACAGGCAAUUUCCAUAGUUUUUCUUUGAUAAUCCAGUAUAAUCCUAUGUCAUAAAUACUUCCGUUGCUGAUCCUUUUUAUAGUCUGAAGCAACUGGGGACAAAUCUGGCGAAACACUGCAAGGCGUUCUGUUAUAUUCAAUGUUAUCAUGCUGUCUCAUCCAUGACUAUGCUGUUCCAGCAACCAUUAUAUGAAAGGAACCCCAUACAGAGUUAUUGAGGCAAUGGAAGGUAUUUCUGAAUAUUUGGUACWGAGAACUAAAAUAUUAAAAGGUUAUUAUGUUAAUAACACAUUAAAUAAUGUAUAGGCACAUUUUUUUGCUAUGCAGUAAACAUGUACAAAAGAAAAUAAAGUACUUUGAGAAAUGAGAUUUCCUGGCAUUUUCUUCUCUAGCCUGUAUCCUGUUACUAAGGAUUGAUUUCUCAGAAGUUCAACUAUUUAAGCUAAUUUCUGUCACUUCCCGUCACUUCCCAUUACACGAAACAAAAGUGAGCUGAAACAAUAGAAUUUUAGCUACUUUGAGAUCCUUCUUUUCAGGGCCCAUCUCUGAGUGAUGCCCUCAGUCCCUUUGGAAAUUAAAAUCUGAAUUAAGGCGGCUAAAGGCACUGGAAUAUUUUCGGUAGCUUUUCCCUUCCUGCUGGUAAGUCAAGGUCCCAUGCAGACACCAGCAACAGUGGAAAGCCCCUGCAGCAGCUUCUGCACAUCCCAGAACAGACAGAGUGUCAGCUCACAGACUGUUUAAUUCACAUUUUAUUGACUUUUCAGUGUGUUCAAAUGACACAUUUGUGGUAUUCACAUGCACCAUUCAUACAGGCAACCAAAACCCCCCAAGAAAUAAAAUGUAGCAUCCAAGCUACAUCUGACCUACUGACAUCUUCCAGUCRCACUUGGUUCUGUCCUGCUUUCACAGAAACAGGACACAAUAUGAGAAGGGUUUUUGGUAAGAUGAGAUCAGAUUUUGUUCCAAGAAUUUCAAAGCUGGAAAUGCCAAACAGUAAUCAUAUAAUCUUUUAAUUCSUCUUCAUCCUGUCCCCCUCUUACAUCUGAUCCCAUCUUCUCUUUUACCUGAGGCUGCCACAACUYUUACCAAGGUUUUGGCCAUGCAAACCCUCAACUCCCCAUUCAGCCUGACAGAGGGGGGCCAUCGCCAGAGGAAUGGCAAGGAUAUCAACAGCCAGCUGACAUUUCUGGCCUUCAGCAUCUACAGGCAGGAACAAUUCUCAUUUCUCCACUCACUCAUUUUUCAAGUUGAUUAUUGGCUUCACUUGAAAUGCGAAAUUAACAGCUUAAAAGCUUUUACAMAAGCAGCUGGGGCUUGCUGAGGACAGGAGAAAGUUGCUCUUUUUUAUUGGCAGGAUUUCAGUGGGGAAGUUGGGAUCUUAGUUCAGAUCUCCCAAAUGCCUAAGCAGCCUUUAGCCAUUGAAUCAUCCUUUCACUCCAUUCUUCYAUCAGUACAUUGCUGGUUUUCCAGCCUACAUUGGCUCCUCAUAUUUUGCUGUUUCAACUCUGUAAACUGUAGUUAGUACAACCUUAGUACAUCCACACCACAAUGUGAUGRUACCAGGAGCAUUCCUUGAGAAUUGUAAAUAACUGCACCAGAGUUUAAGCUCUCUUUAGCAAUCACUGUAGUAAAUGUGAAGAAAUCCAACCAAGCUGAGCAAAGAGUUUUACAUUAAAAAAAACGUAUCAAAAACCUUUUCUCCUCUUUCAGAAGAGAUGAACAUUACAGCAGAUAAUUAAGCCAAUUUGAAAACCAUUUCAAUAAAGAAAAUCAAACUGUUAUACUGGUCCAAAAAGAUAAUCUGUCCCAACCUUUAAAGGCUUCAGCUCUCUUGAGAGGAAGGUCUUUAAUGUCUGAACCGUCAGACCAAGAGCCAGAACUCUGGAGACCUUUGGGAUUUUUCUACAUUUUUCUACCUUGGAAAGUGUGUAAUAAUCAAGCAAAGAGUCUUAGCUCUAAGUUCAGUAACACGUUUGUUUAAUCAUUCUGAUCAGAGAGGCUCAGUUAGCAUUUGUAAAUUCUUAUUCAGCUCUAGAGAAUGUUUACUUUCUGCAGGAAAGUCUGCCUGGACAAURUGACUGAAGAUCAUGUAACCCUAAAACACAAACCAAUGUGCUGUGUGUGUYCUGAACUGAAGGUGCCAAUAGAUAGAUAUGAUUUUUACAGUAAAAAAAACCUUUGAGAGCUUAACAGCUCUUACAGAUGUUUUUAAACUAAGCCUUCACAUUCCUUCAAUUCAUGGUCCAUUACAUCCAUGUAAACUGUGAAAUAUUACCAGAUCUUUAUGUACUUCCUAUAAGUUGAAAUGAAGAAAGAAAUUUUAGAGGAAUAAUAYAUUAAAUGCCCUUUCUGUAUAAAGUUACAACUUCUUCUGUAGAUUUAUUCUAAGUUCUGUAAAUUCUGGAGCUGCUGCAGUGCCUAUUCACUUCACUAUUUCUACUAGAUGCAUAGACUUCCAAUUUUGAAUCUCUCACUAUUACUGAAAAAUGUUCCAAAUAUAGUAAUGAAAAACAACAGAAAAUAAGAAACUAGAUUAACAAAGAGGAGUUGGAUAUGGAAAAAAACCAUAUUUUGAUCCCAUUUUGAUGUGAUGAGCUUUGUAAGUCUAUGUUAUUUAUCAUAUGAAUUUUAGGCACAGCUGCAGUUUUUAAUUCAGUCUGUAAGUUAAUGUGGGACUUGGCAGCUCCUAGAGAUUCCUGUCCAAGCAAGGACAAAUUCCAAACUUCUUGUUAUUGCUCAAAUGUUCUUCUUUAUGGAAAAAAUAWCUUAAACACGGAAAUGCAGUAGUGUAAGCAAAGAGGAGGCUUUGGAAAGUCUGUGACGAAGAUCUCCUGUCAUAUUGCACUUACCUUUAUGAGUCAGYGUGAGAUGGUUUAAGAUUUUCCUCCCAUAAUUUAUUAGGAUAACUUAUGUAAUGUGUAAUUAAAAAAAUAUUCAAGACUUUGCCAAAGUAAAAAUUUUACAAAAACAAAAAAGAAAGAACAAAAAAAAGAAAGAGAAAAACAAACUC